CGCCUCUAGGUAUGGAUGGUCAAACUCUGCGAAAGGCUGAGAAAAGCCAGUCCUGCUCACAGGAGAAGAAGGAGAUAAAACCCAGGGCUCCUUGGAAAGCUAGGCAAGCACUCUCCACUAAGCUGCACCGCCAGCCCAGCCCAGCCCAGCCCAGACCCCUGUUCUCAGCCUAGGUGCUUCCUUCACAGUCUCCACCCUCCUGCCCUCCAGGGCCCCUCUGUUUUUCUCCCCCAACAGGCACCAGCACACACAAAAAGAAUGGAUGAUCAUCCUAGAGGAGCCCCAGGGUUACACUAAGGACAUGGUGACAGACUUUGAUGAGAAACAUGAUGAGUAUUUAAUAUUGCUUCAGCAGAGGAACCGGAUAUUGAAACAUUUGAAAGCAAAGGACCCUGUGCAAUUGCGCCUGGAGCACCUGGAGCAGGGCUUCUCUGUCUACGUCAAUGGGGCCAACUCGGAGCUGAAGACGUCGCCUCGGAAAACCGUGCACACAGACUUCUCCAGAAGCACCUCACAGGCCGAGGGGAUGCAUGAUUAUGGACAAAGAACCCUGCUUCGAGAAGCAGAAGAAGCUUUAAGAUGCAGCUCCCGGACCACACCCAGCAAAGUUCAGCGCCGAGGAUGGCACCAGAAAUCGGUGCAGAUCAGAACAGAAGCCGGCUCUCGACUACAGAUUGAACCUCCUGUGGACUAUUCGGAAGAUUGUGAACCCUGCAUGGAUGUGCUUGUCAAGGCCAAGGAUGCUUCAGAGGAUCAUCCACAGGAGCUGAGAAAAAGCCUAGAAUUUAGCGUAAAUCUACAAAGGAAACAAAAGGAUUGUUCUAGUGAUGAAUAUGACUCUAUUGAAGAAGACAUCCUCUCUGAACCUGAGCCUGAGGACCAGGAGCUCCUGGGCUGUCCCAAAGAUGACCCCUCUCUUUGCACUGGGGACUCAGAGCAGCAUCGAUUUCCUGAGGACCAGCAGCGAGGACAGCCUGCCUCAGGUCCAGACGCCCUCAUGGUGCUGGAAUUUAACCAGACCUCCAAAGGUCAUAAGAGGGAGAGGAAUUUGCCUACCAAGCGGAAGGACGGCACUGAGGUCUUCAUUCCCAGCAAACCUGAGCUGAACCUGCAUUCCCAGCCACCUGCCACAUUCCCAGACCAGGAGAGGGUGUGCUCCAGACCUGGCAGCCGCCGAGAAAGACCCCUGUCAGCACCCCGCAAACCCAUAUAUGCUGCUGAGGACCGAGAGGAAGACGCUUUGGCCGUGCUCCGAGCCAUCCAGGUGGAGAACGCUACCCUGCAGAAGGCAAUCCUUGCCAAAAAGACUGAGCCACCUGCCAGGCCACUGCAGGGUGCAGAGGAACCACCACCCAAGCCCUGGACCAGUCUGCUGAAAGCCAAGGAGGAAGCCCUGGAGUUGCUUCCCACAGCCAUGGUGAACACAAUGCCAGGGCCACCGAGGAUAGCCGGGGAAGACCAACUAAUCCAACAAACCAUCCCCAGGACUGGCCUCUCAGAAAGCAGACAACAGCAGAAGUUUCUUGAAGUGCCUCAGGCCAUUGAAGAUGACUCUACCCAUCCCAAAGAGGUUGCUGCACCAAGUGAGGAGCAAGUACUGGACACAAAGGAUAAAUGGAGACUGAGCACAGGAGAGACCAAAGAUGCUGUGUUUGUGACCAUGGAAAUCAUGUCCAACUGGGGCAACCCGUCAUGGGUGGGUCUCACGGAAGUGGAGUUCUUUGACCUGAACUACACGAAGCUCUACGUGUCACCCCAUGACGUGGAUGUCCAGAAUACCACCGAGCCCGGGGAGCUGGGCUUCCUGGUCAACAGGAACGCAGCUAGCAAGAAGGAGUCCUCCGUGUGGACCUGCCACUUCCACCCGCCGCUCCACCUUUCUUUCGUUAUCCACAACGUAGACCAGCUGCACGACUUUGGUCUGGCCAUGAUCAAGGUCUGGAAUUACUGGACCACAGAUGGGGAUCUUGACAUUGGUGCCAAGAAUGUGAAGCUUUAUGUCAACAAAAACCUCAUCUUUGAUGGCGUGUUAGACAAAGGAGGCGGGGAAGGCCCAGCGGAUCACAGCAUCCCAAUUGCCCCGAAGAAGGAGAGCAACGAGAGACCUGAGAAUGCCCUGCGUGCCCAUGCAGAAGAAAGCAGAGAUGUUCUUGCAGUGGCUGGCACAGAUGGGGACAAGGAGCCUAGUCUUAGUUGCUCACGGCCAGCUGAAACUGCAGUGGAUAUGAAGGUUUCUUCACAAGGAAAUUUACUUGGCAAAAAGAUGAAUUCUACUAAUUGUGUGAAAGAUCGUUUGUCCAAGUUAGAGGAGGAUUUAAGAUUGCUGGCAGAGCCAGCCACAAUGGGUGACGGGCCCAGUGCCCUUCCCUCCUCCCUGCUGGGGACACACCCUCCUCUGGACAUGCAGCUAUCUCUGAUCCAACAGCUGGAAGACCUCACUGGCAGGAAAAUCUCUGAACCACCAAGGAAAACCCCAUGCUGGUUACAGCCCUCUACAACAGGGAGGGACAGGAAACAAGGGGGAAAGAAGCCAAAGCCCCUCUGGCUUGGUCCUGAGGAGCCAGUGGACUGCAAAGGGAGGCUCUCAUCUGAUGAUGCCAUUCUUGGGAGUCCUGGAGAGCCUGAGGCCAAGGACAAAAGCCCCUGGCAAGAGCAAGGACGGAGGGCCAGCUGGAAUGUCAUCACUGGGGAGAGACCCCAAAGGGUAGCCCCCAAAGUCUGUGGUGAUGACUUAGACUUCUUUAAUCAGCCCCGCAGCAGAGAGCGCCCUGCUAGUGGGAGGAGGGCCCUGAAGAAGGAGGCUGUCGGUGGUAGUCAUGGUGAUGACCAGCCUAUCAGCAGAGAGGACACUCGGGCCACCAAGACGCCUCCACGAUCAUGGUGUCGCACUGAGCAGGAACACAUGCUGCACGAGUCAUGGGACUCCCUCAGUGCCUUCAACCGCUCCCAUCGGGGCCGAAUCUCCCACCUGGAGCCCCAGGGGGACAUCUUGGAUGAGUUCCUGCAGCAACAGAGGAGCAGUCGGUCCAGGGACCAGCCACCACCCUGCAGGGCUGAAGAGUCAGAGCUAUCAAAGAUGCAAACUGACUGCUCUGUGGAGACAGAUGGCAGCAGUGACUUCAAAAUCCCUGUCUUGCCUUAUGGGCAGCACCUGGUCAUUGACAUCAAGUCUACAUGGGGUGACAGACACUAUGUCGGGCUUAACGGGAUAGAAAUCUUCAGUUCCAAGGGGGAACCAGUGCACAUUUCAGCCAUUACAGCAGAUCCACCUGACAUCAAUGUUCUGCCAGCUUACGGUAAAGACCCUCGAGUGGUCACCAACCUCAUUGACGGGGUGAAUAGGACCCAAGAUGAUAUGCAUGUCUGGCUAGCCCCCUUCACUCCAGGCCAGCCCCACUCCAUUUCCAUUGACUUCAUGCACCCUUGCCAAGUCGCCCUGAUCAGGGUGUGGAACUAUAACAAAUCCAGGAUCCAUUCCUUCCGGGGCGUGAAGGACAUCACGAUGCUAUUGGAUGGGCAGUGCAUCUUUGACGGAGAGAUCGCCAAGGCCUCAGGGACCCUGACAGGAGCCCCAGAGCACUUUGGAGACACCAUCUUAUUCACAACUGACGACGACAUCCUCGAAGCCGUAUUCUGUUCAGAUGAGAUGUUUGGUGCUGACGUGGAGAGCCUGUGUGACCUGCAGUUGGAGGAGACGCCACGGAGACCCAGCACGGCUGACAGCGAUGGCCAGGAGCGGCCCUUCACCCAGGCCGGCUUGUGCACCGAUGACUGGGCCCCGGGGCUAGAGCUGCCACCCAGUGCCCCUCUCUCUGAAGUCACCACACCGGAACCAGGCAUCUACCAUGGCAUCUGCCUCCAGCUGAACUUCACAGCGUCCUGGGGGGACCCACACUACCUAGGCCUCACUGGCCUGGAGGUGGUGGGCAAGGAUGGCCAGGCCCUGCCUAUCCACCCGCACCAGAUCUCUGCCUCUCCUAGUGACCUGAAUGACCUUCCCGAGUACACAGAUGACUCCCGGACGCUGGACAAGUUGAUUGACGGAGUCAACAUCACCACAGAGGAUGAGCACAUGUGGCUGAUCCCCUUCUGGUCGGGGCUGGACCACGUGGUCACAAUCCGAUUUGACAGAGCCAAAAGCCUGGCUGGCCUGCGCUUCUGGAACUACAAUAAAUCUCCCGAGGACACCUAUCGGGGGGCCAAGAUCGUGCACGUGUCCCUGGACGGCCUGCGUGUCUCUCCCGAAGAAGGCUUUCUCAUCCGGAAGGGCCCCGGCAACUGUCACUUUGAUUUUGCCCAAGAAAUCCUCUUUGUGGACUACCUACAGGCUGGGCCGCCGGCCCUACCAGCCAGGAGGCUGGACACGAGGAGCCUGGAGCGCGCGAGCAUGGACUACGAGGCCCCGCCCAUGCCAUGUGGCUUCAUUUUCCAGUUUCAGCUCCUGACCAGCUGGGGUGACCCCUACUAUAUCGGCCUCACGGGGCUGGAGUUGUAUGAUGAGCAAGGAGAGAAGAUCCCCCUGUCAGAGAACAAUAUCGCCGCCUUCCCAGACAGCGUAAAUGCGCUGGAGGGCGUAAGUGGAGACGUGCGGACCCCUGAUAAGCUCAUUGACCAGGUGAACGACACCAGCGAUGGCAGGCACAUGUGGCUGGCACCCAUCCUGCCAGGCCUGGUGAAUCGGGUUUAUGUGAUUUUCGAUCUGCCCACUACCGUGUCAAUGAUCAAACUGUGGAAUUACGCAAAAACGCCCCAUCGAGGGGUGAAAGAGUUUGGCCUCCUAGUGGAUGACUUGCUCGUGUACAACGGGAUCUUGGCCAUGGUAACACACCUGGCAGGGGGCAUCCUGCCCACAUGCGAGCCCACAGUGCCGUACCACACCAUCCUCUUCACCGAGGACACGGACAUAUGUCAUCAGGAGAAACGCACAGCCAUCAGUCAUCAGGUGGAGGACCAGGACGUCCAGAUGAUGAAUGAAAACCAGAUCAUCACCAACUUUAAGAGAAAACCAAGUGUCGCAGAUCCAGCCUUGCGCCCAAAAACCUGCAUAAGUGAGAAGGAGACAUCGAGGCGAUGGCGGUGCUGACGGCAGGCAGGGGAAGCAGUCUCCCAGCAGGGUGGCUCCGUUACUGUCCCCGCUCAGGGCCAUGUCCCUUGCCCUCCGGUCUUCAGUGUCAGUGGCUGGGACCCAGGACUGGAGGUGAAUCCCAGUGUGGAGGGUCAAAGGACUUGAGAGGCAGGGGGACAAUAGACCUGGGCACCACAGGAGUCAGACUGGAGGGCACAGGGCCAUAGCUGUAGGGUAGGAUGUGGCAGUGCCCUGUCCUCAUCCUCCUCAGGGAGCCGAUCCCUAGGACAUCUGUCCCCUUGUGAAGCCUGGGACAGGAUCAGCCAGUGCUGUGUGUCCUGCUGGGGAUGGGAAGGGAGAGACACAGGCCCAGGAGGUGGAGGACAAUCCUCGUGGUAUUUGGUCAGGAGGAAGCCACAUCCCUCCACCUGAUGGGGGCUUCCUCUUUGCCCCUCUUGCUGUUCCUCUGUGUGGUACUGACCCCUCCCUGGCCACUUCCCAAUGAAUUGGAAAUGUGCCUUGCACCCCUGGCCAAGCGGCCCAGAGCACAUCUAUUUCCAUCUCUAUAACAAGCUCAGAUCAGGGACCUAAUUGGUUUCCCAGUGGUGGGUAAUUUCUCGUUCCAAAUAUUAAUCCGUUGUUUUCCUGGCACCCAGCCCGGCCCAAGCAGUACUGUACUCCAAGCGCGUUCCUAUGCAACCGGAGCCCAGCACAUACUUUAUGAGCUUUGCAGCCGGGGCUGAGCAGCUAUGCAAAUGUGCUUUUCAUUUGGAGCGUGGGGCUGAUGUGGAGAUAAGAAUUGUUUCUCCCAGAGAAGAUCCAUCUUUCUGUAGCUUCCAAGCCCCCUCGAACCCACCCCACCCUGGCUCUUCUGUUCACUCUGUGCCCAGACAUGCCAGGCACCCCAGGCCUGUGGGCUCCCAGGAGAGCUGCAGCCUGGGGGAGUCAGGGGCUGAUCAAACCAGUUCUUAAGACCAAAUCUAGUGCUCUGGCUUCAAAGGGAGCCCCAACCUCCCAUCCUGCCCGAGGCACGGUAACAGAUUUGUUGGGGAGCCCAGAUGAACACUGCAUUCGCUGCCCCCAGAACCACGGUUGACAUUUGUAAUAAUUGUACGUACCAUAUAAUUUAGGAGAAAAAAAAGAAACUGUAUAGGCAUUAACUCUAAAAUAAAUUUCUAUUUUUUUCUCUUGCAAAAUCAAUAAAAGAUGUUAUUGAGAAUAGA